AUGAAUGACCUAUUCAUGACAAGCUUUGAUGUUCAUGUAGAUUUACUAGGCCAAGAACCUUUAUAUUGGAUUAAUACAAAUUUUAUCUUGUUGGAAAGUAAGGGUACAUAUAGGUCCAGUAAGGGUACAUCUAGGUCCAGUAAGGGUACAUCAUCGUACAGAAAGGGUACAUCAUCGUCCAGUAAGGGUACAUCACGGUCCAGUAAGGGUACAUCAUCGUCCAGUAAGGGUACAUCAGGGUCCAGUAAGGGUACAUCAAGGUCCAGUAAGGGUACAUCAGGGUCCAGUAAGGAUACAUCAGGGUCCAGUAAGGAUACAUCAGGGUCCAGUAAGGGUACAUCAGAGUCCAGUAAGGGUACAUCAGAGUCCAGUAAGGGUACAUCAUGGUCCAGUAAGGGUACAUCAAGGUCCAGUAAGGGUACAUCAGGGUCCAGUAAGGGUACAUCAGGGUCCAGUAAGGGUACAUCAGGGUCCAGUAAGGAUACAUCAGGGUCCAGUAAGGGUACAUCACGGCCCAGUAAGGGUACAUCACGGUCUAGUAAGGGUACAUCAUCGUCCAGUAAGGGUACAUCAUCGUCCAGUAAGGGUACAUCAUCGUCCAGUAAGGGUACAUCAUUGUCCAGUCAGGGUACAUCAAGGUCCAGUAAGGGUACAUCACGGUCCAGUAAGGGUACAUCAGGGUCCAGUAAGGGUACAUCAAGGUCCAGUAAGGGUACAUCAAGGUCCAGUAAGGGUACAUCAUAG